AUGGUGGAUAUGAAGGAGGGGAGGAUGGCGAUAUUCAAAGGCAGAGAACAAUUCGGGUCCAAUGUUUUGCACACGGUUCUGGCUUUGGGUUUAUGGCUGGGGACUAUACAUUUCAACGUGAUUUUGGUCCUCUUCGCCAUCUUCUUCCUUCCUCUUUCCAAGGCCCUCCUUGUAUUUGGGUUGCUGCUAUUGUUUAUGAUCAUCCCAGUUGAUGAUAAAAGCAAAAUUGGCCAAUCAGUGUCCAGGUACAUAUUUAAGCAUGCUUGUGCUUAUUUUCCAGUGAAUGUGUAUGCAGAGGAUGUACAUGCCUUUCAUCCUAAUCGAUCUUAUGUUUUUGGUUAUGAACCGCAUUCAGUUUUGCCACUUGGUGUUGUUGCAUUUGCUGAGCUCAAUGGGUUCUUGCCUCUCACCAAAGUUAAGGUCCUUGCAAGUAGCGCUGUAUUCUACACACCAUUCCUAAGACAUAUAUGGACAUGGAUGGGUCUUACACCAGCCACAAAGAGUAAUUUUAUCUCCCACUUAUCCGCUGGUUAUAGUUGCAUCAUUGUGCCUGGUGGAGUGCAGGAGACAUUUUAUAUGGAGCAUGGCACUGAGAUAGCAUUUCUUAAGUCGAGAAGAGGAUUUGUUCGCAUAGCCAUGGAGAUGGGCCAUCCCCUGGUUCCAGUUUUCUGCUUUGGUCAGUCAGAUGUUUUUAAGUGGUGGAAGCCAAGUGGGGAGUUCUUUUUGAAGUUUUCCAGAGCUAUCAAGUUCAUACCACUUUUCUUCUGGGGAAUAUUUGGAUCUCCUGUACCCUACAGGCAGCCAAUGCACGUGGUGGUAGGAAGACCAAUCGAUCUCAAGAAAACCCCACAACCAACCAUGGAAGAGGUCAAUGAAGUACACGGUCAGUUUGUCACAGCACUACAGGAUCUUUUCGAACGGCACAAGGUGCGGGUUGGUCAUGCUGAUCUUCAGUUGAAAAUUCUAUGA